UGAUGUUUGAAUACAUUUCACUGCUGCCAUAGAAUGUAUACCUGUCCUGGGGUACAGCUCUAGCAUCAGAAUCAAAAGUGUACAGGAAACCUCAUCCUGGGUGGCUCUAAACCCCUUAAAGGAACACAUUCCCAUAGCUGUCAGGUUUCUCUUGAGUCCUGUUGAAGUUCUGCCUGGAAACUUGUGUUGAUUGAAUUUUCUAUCAAAAGGAUUUUGUUGUCACUGUCUUAUCAAGAUGAUUGCAACACCUUUGAAACAUUCAGAAAUUCAUUUGUCUUCUGGGAUAUCUCCAAGAAGAAAUAUGCCUGUAGAUGCAGUCUUUAUUGACAGCAUCCCUUCAGGCACACUUACUCCUAUAAAAGAUUUGGUGAAAUAUCAAAAGUCGUCUCUGAAGUUGAAUGGCUAUAAAAAGAAUCAGUUAUUAGAAACGGCAACUUCUAACAAUAAAAAUAUAUUUCAAUCCACCAUGCUCUCAGAGGCUGCUCCUUUAAACAGCUAUCUUGAUGUCAGUGCUAUAAAGCCCAGUGUGAAUGGAUUAAGAAGUGAAACAAACUGUGAAACACCAGGAAAAAUCUUUCAACGAAUGAAAGAAAAAGUACAACAUGACAAACAAGAACAAGCAUCAAGGAGCAGUAAUAUGUUGGGAUCACCAAAAUGUGAACAUAAAGUCUUUACUUCUGACAGAGAUAAGAAAAUUCAGUUGCAACAAACCUACCUCUGUGAGGAAAAAAAAGAAUCAUUCCAAUCCAAUAAUACUUCAUUAGGAGAGCUUCCAGUUUUGAACCAAGAACAAAAAAAUGUUACAGCUUCAAGCAUUUCAAGCAGGGCAUUAACUAGAGCUCAGUUUGCUAGACAACUUCUUCAUUCAAAGGUGAAUACUGUUAAAACCACUGCGCCCCAAAAGGACACAUUUGUUUUGGAAGACAUUGAUUCUACUUAUGAAAAGUUUGAAAAUACUGUUAAGACUGUUAGUACUAAUUGUGUUCCUAUUAAGAAUCAUAGUCAGUUGAUGACUUCUGACAGUGACAUGUUAACAGAAGGAACUGCAAAAGAGGAUAUUUUAAAACAAAAUGAAGAAACAGGUUCUAGCAGGACUGUUCAUCAAAAUUCCAUGCAAGAUACCUGUGAAAUUAUGCCUGCAAAUUCAAGACCUAAUCUAACAGUAUUUGGCCGGUCUCAAAGGAAGGUUUCGAAGCUUGCAACUAUUGUAAGUGAAGUUAAACAAUACCAGGUAGGAAGACAUUUAAGUCAGGCAGUCAAGCUACAGGAAUGGAUGAUUAAAGUCAUCAAUAAUAAUACAGCUAUAUGCGUAGAAGGAAAGCUGGUAGAUAUGACUGACGUUUAUUGGCAUAGUAACAUAAUUGUGGAGCGGAUUAAACACAAUGAACUUAGGACAUUAUCGGGCAACAUUUAUAUAUUAAAAGGAUUGAUAGACCAGAUUUCCAUGAAAGAAGCAGGGUAUCCCUGUUAUCUCAUAAGAAAAUUUAUGUUUGGAUUCCCCCGAAAUUGGAAGGAACACAUUGAUGAUUUUCUUGAACAAUUAAGGGCUGGAAUAAAGAACAGGAAUAAGACCAAUCAGAAAACUGUAAGACUUCAUAAAAAACAAAAGCCAAUGAAAAACGAUGCAGAAGAUAAACAGACAGAUGUCCUCCAAAAGGCCAGCAUCACUUAUGACCUUACUGAUGAUAACUUGGGAAUGAAGAAAAAUAAGCACAAUGGGUUGCCAGGAGGUGCAGAAAUAAACAUUGGAUAUAAUAAUUGUCAAAAUAAACCACAAUUAAGGCUCUUACAUAACCAAGAAUUAGCUGGAAAAAAUGAUUGCAGAAAAUUUCCUUCAAACAACUUUGAGAAUUCUGAAGGAAUAAAUGAAAAGGAAGUUCGAAGUCAGAAGCAAGAGAGAACUGAAGUAUUAAAUGUACCCAUUGAUGCCCUGAAUUCACCAGAACCGCCUACCUCUGACAAAGACAGAAAAUACCUGCCUCAGAAUCAGAAGGAAGUGUGUGUUUUAGUUACACCACUUAAAACUAGACAGGUGAUAGAGCGCAGAUGUAUGGAGCACAAUCUCUGUAUCAGAGGAGUAUCAGAUUUUUUCAAACCAAAGCCUGAAGAACUCAAUGAGUCAGAUGUACCUGUAAGUUCUACCUGUAAGUCCUCAGAGACCUUUGAACACAAUGUGAGUUAUGAAAGCUACCCCAAGGAAGAUUGCAGUGAAUGUGAUAUACUGACUGUCAGACAGAAAAUUCAGAUACCUUGUUCUAAAAAUAAGCAAAUGGUCACCAGUGAUUUUAAGAAGAAUAUUAAGUUGCCCUCGAAAUUGAAGAAAACUGAAAAUCAAGUAGCCGUAUCAUCGUACAGCCGGUCCUCACCACUUUUUUCAAGUGAUGAGAAUGAAAUAGAGAUUAGAAGUAAAACCAAAGCAAGAAACACCAAAGAAAGGCUGACUGACCAGAGAAAGAGCACAUGCAGUAUCACAACAGAUAUCCUACUGGUUUCAGAAUCUAAAGGUGACACUGGUUCUCAUAUCAGAUCAAAGAAACUUAGAUCUUCUGCUAAAGAAACUCUUCCAAAAUCUGGUGUUAGCAAGGACUUUCCAGUUGAAGUUAAGGGGUCUGAUACAAGGAGCCAGCAACUGUUAGGCCGCUGUCUACCUGGUUUAAUUGAUGAUGAGGAAUGGAAUGAACAAGAAUUACAGAAGCUUCAUUGUGCUUUUACAUCUCUUCCAAAGCACAAGCCUGGUUUUUGGUCAGAUGUAGCUAUGGCAGUAGGUUCUCGAACUGCUGAUGAAUGCCAGAGGAAAUACAUAGAAGAUACCCAAGGCAAAAGAUCCCAAAAGCAUGUCUCGAAGAAAAAACAAGCCAAACAGGUCCAAAAUGAUAAGAAAGACAAUGCUGAUGAGAAAAAGACUAUUAAGAUCACUGCUGGAGUGGGAACUCUUAAAAGGAAACGACAAAUGAGGGAUUGUCUGGAGCAGUUGCCAAAAGAUAACCAUGAUGAUUUUUUCACUGCAACACCCUUGCAGAAACAAAGAGUACUGUUGCCGAGCUUUCAAUACAGUCAAGAUGAUGAUUUUCUGCUAGAUAUGGACAGGAAUCCAGCAUCUCCAUUAUCAAUUACUUUCCCGUUGACAGACACUCCACAAUGUCAGCAUGUCAGUCCGGGUAUGCUAGCCUCUGUAAAAAGUGAUGAUUAUGAUAAAUAUGUUUUCCAUAUGCAAAAAAAUGCUAAAAAAUUUGGCAAGCGUAAUGGUGGCCUUGCCUGGGGCAACAUUAGGAAAAAAGCAGUUGAAAAUGAUUUCUCAUCUCCAACAACAAUACGAAAAGCCCUGUUUAACAAAGAUAUAGGUGAAAACACUGCUAUUGCAAAGUAUUUCGUUGACGCCACAGAAUCAGACGAAGAAGAGCAAGAUUAUUAUUUUUCAAAUUCUGACUGAUAGUAAAUACAAUUUGUAGGAUUUUUAUCAUCAGUCAGAGCAUACUGGUAUUCUUAUUUGACGAAUGGGUAUUUUCCUUGUAAUAAGGGAAUGCAGAUUUGUUUCCCAAAGAUGUCUUAUGUUUGUGUACAAGGUUAACAUCCUAUAGAACAUUCCUUAGUGUUGCAAUAAAACACAAGUCAAACUGC